AAAAAAGACCAAUUAUGAGCUUACCACCAAAAACUGCUGGGCUUCCCACGACAAGGACACCACAGUUAUCGUAAUAUACACGACAAGCAUCACGGUGGGAGCAGCAGCGAUAUUCUGAAUGGUGGGCGACAUCUGGUAACUCCCGCCUUAGAACACGUGUGGGCAAGAGCAGUCAAUCCUUGCCGAGUUCGUCACCAGUCGUAGGGAAGCCAGGCAGUAGAGCAGUACAGCACCGCCACACGCCAUCCAACUCAACGAAAAUGGCCAAGAUCGUGGGAAAGUACAAGAUGGAAACAUCCGAGGGCUUCGACGAGUUCAUGAAGGCCUUAGGUGUGGGAAUGGUGAUGAGGAAGAUGGGCAAUGCUGCCACGCCCACAGUGGAGAUUUUGCUGGAAGAUGGCACCUACACUCUUAAGACCGUCACUACCUUCAAGACCACCGAGAUCAAGUUCAAGCUGGGUGAGGAGUUCGAGGAGACCACUGCUGACGGACGCACCGUAAAGUCCACUAUCACCCUGGACGGCAACAAAUUGAUACACAACCAGGUGGGAGACAAGGAGAAGAAAGAGAAGGACUCCGUGCUCACCCGUGAAUUUACUGACACAGAGAUGCUCAUGGAAUGCAAGGUUGAUGAUGUUGUGUGUAAACGUGUCUACAAGCGCCAGGAUUAGAGGACAGCAGCAGAGGUGUUGCUGGUUAUGCAAGAGUGGGCAUGAGCAGUAGACUAUUGGAAGUCCUCUUCAGCUUGAAUGAAAAAGUUAUUGUAGAAUUUUUUAGUAUGAUACUAAUUUUCAUUGCAUAUUUUAUUUUAUUUUAUCUUAUUUUUUUUUUACCAAAUUAUUGUUUUAUAAUUUACUGAUCUUACAUUUCAUUGAAGCUGAAUUAUUUUGCUCAAAGAUUCCAAACCUAAUUGACAAAAGUGAGCUCAUUUUAUAAGUGAACUCAUUUCCUUUGAUAAUUAUCAGAUACUUGUUCUUAUUUAUUGAGAAUACUGUUCUUGAUUCUUAAGAACCAAAGUAGAUAAUAUCAGAUGCAUAUUAAAGGAAUUUUUGUAAUCUUUAUAUAUUAAAUGUCAACAAUCU